AUGCCCGCCGGCCGCCCGGGCCCCGCCGCCCAAUGCGCGCGGCGGCCGCCGCCGCCGCUACCCCUGCUGCUGUUCUGUGUCCUCGGGGCGCCGCGAGCCGGAUCGGGAUCCCACACAGCCGUGAUCAGCCCCCAGGACCCCACGCUCCUCAUCGGCUCCUCACUGCAGGCCACGUGCUCUGUGCACGGGGACCCACCAGGGGCAACCGCCGAGGGCCUCUACUGGACCCUAAAUGGGCGCCGCCUGCCUCCCGAGCUGUCCCGUGUGCUCAACGCCUCCACCCUGGCCCUUGCCCUGGCCAACCUCAAUGGGUCCAGGCAGCAGUCAGGGGACAACCUCGUGUGCCACGCCCGUGAUGGCAGCAUCCUGGCUGGCUCAUGCCUCUAUGUUGGCCUGCCCCCAGAGAAACCCUUCAACAUCAGCUGCUGGUCCAAGAACAUGAAGGACCUGACAUGCCGCUGGACGCCAGGGGCCCACGGGGAGACCUUCCUCCACACCAACUACUCCCUCAAGUACAAGCUGAGGUGGUAUGGCCAGGACAACACAUGUGAGGAGUACCACACAGUGGGGCCUCACUCCUGCCACAUCCCCAAGGACCUGGCUCUCUUCACACCCUAUGAGAUCUGGGUGGAGGCCACCAACCGCCUGGGCUCGGCCCGCUCUGAUGUGCUCACACUGGACAUCCUAGACGUGGUGACCACGGACCCUCCCCCCGAUGUGCACGUGAGCCGCGUUGGGGGCCUGGAGGACCAGCUGAGCGUGCGCUGGGUCUCACCACCCGCCCUCAAAGACUUCCUCUUCCAAGCCAAGUACCAGAUCCGCUACCGUGUGGAGGACAGCGUGGACUGGAAGGUGGUGGACGAUGUGAGCAACCAGACCUCCUGCCGCCUGGCAGGCCUGAAGCCGGGCACCGUCUACUUCGUGCAAGUACGCUGCAAUCCUUUCGGCAUCUACGGCUCCAAGAAAGCCGGGAUCUGGAGUGAGUGGAGCCACCCCACGGCUGCCUCCACCCCCCGCAGUGCAGAGCGCGCGGGCCCCGGCGGCGGCGCGUGCGAGCCGCGGAGCGGGGAGCCGAGCUCGGGGCCAGUGCGGCGCGAGCUCAAGCAGUUCCUGGGCUGGCUCAAGAAGCACGCGUACUGCUCGAACCUCAGCUUCCGCCUCUACGACCAGUGGCGAGCCUGGAUGCAGAAGUCGCACAAGACCCGCAACCAGCACAGGACGAGGGGAUCCUGCCCUCGAGCAGACGGGGCGCGGCGAGAGGUCCUGCCAGAUAAGCUCUAGGGGCUGGGGCCAUCCUCCCUGCCACGUGGAGACCCACCCCCCAACUGGGGCCACCUCUGUAUCCUCACUUCAGGGCACCUGAGCCCCCUCAGCAGGAGCCGGAGAGGGCACUCUGAGCUCCAAUGGCCACAACAGCUCUGGUCCCCAUGUGAGGCCACCCUUGGGUGCACCCUGGUGUGUGUGACGGUUGGUUGAGCUGCCCAGAGCCCCUGCUCGGGCUGGGGGUGAAGAGGAGUCAUCACUCCCCCCACUGAGGCUCCUCCAAAAGUCUU